AUGAGCGAUUCUGAGUACGACAACAACGCAGAAAAGGAUGGGCCAAAACCCUAUCCACAGUAUGCAACGCCGGAACCUGCUUUCAAGCCGAGAAGAAUUGAUCUUGUUGGUUUAGAAUUGCCAAACAUUUCUAACGUGGACGAUAUGAAGGAUGACGAGGGAGAUAUCCGAUAUGAGGUAAUUGAAGAGCCGCAAUACCAUGUUACAAGAGCCUUAUUUAUCGGAAAUUUGCGUCGCCCUAUCAAUGCAAGUCAUUUUCAAGAACAUUUGAGAAAGUUGGCUAAUGAUAACAAAGAUAUUCAUGUUCGCAUUGAUCGAGCUUGGUUGACGAGAUUGAGAACACAUGCAAUUGUCUUAGUGAAUACUGAGGAAGGAGCAAAGUAUUUGAGAUCACAAUUGAACGGCUCGAUAUAUCCAGAUGAAGAAGAGGAUGCGAGAUUAAGGGAGGAAUUCGAGAAUCAUGAGAUUGAAAGAUUUGAAGAGGAGACUAAACGAUUUGAAGAGGAGUCCGAGAGACUCAGUGGGGAAGGAAAAGACAGCUUGCAACCACCGCACGAGCCAAGGGAGUUUAUAACCGAUAGAAUACCUUUGUAUGUGGAAUACAUCCCAGUCAAGGCUAUAAACCAGUGGACUUUUGAGGAAGAUAGAGGACCAAGAGAUGGAAAAUGGAAGUUGGAGUACGUCAACAGAAAUGAUGAGUUGGUUGCUUCUCACACAUUGUUGAAUGGAGAAUAUAUUCCUCGCUAUAUUCCUCCCAGACACGGUGGAAGACGGUUUGGAGGACCACCAAGAGGUUACGAUAGGCAUCGCGAUGGUCCCGAUUCGUACCGUAGAAGAGGUCCUGAGCCAAGAAGAACUGAUUCUUACGUUCCCGGUCGUUCUGGUCGAUCUGAAGAGCCUAGAAGAACUGAUUCGUACGUGCCAGGAAGCGCACGUUAUAGGUCAAGAUCAAGAUCUCGUUCAAGAUCACCCACUAGAUUUUAA